CAGCACGACCAUGAAACUGGUUUUGUUGGUUCUGUUUCUGGCCGCAGCCAGCGCCCAUCGGAAUAGGAAUCGCACUCGUGUCCCUAAGGACGAUGCUCUCAAGGACAUCAUCGUGAACGGUUACAAUGCCUACGAGGGCAAGGCUCCCUACAUCGUGGGCCUGCUGCUUCGCACCGAUGGGAGCAAUGGAGCCGCUGUCGGUGGUGGCAGCAUCAUCGCCAACACCUGGGUCCUGACCGCCGCCCAUUGCCUCACCACCGACUCCGUGGACAUUAACUACGGCUCGAACAGGGCUUGGGAUGGCCAAUACAAGCACAAUGUGAGGAAGGAGAACUUCUUCCGACAUCCGGGAUACCCCAACACCGCUGGCCACGAUAUCGGCCUGAUCCGGACUCCUCACGUGGACUUCAACAAUCUGGUCAAUAAGGUGGCCCUGCCCAAGUUUAACCAGAAGAGUCUGCGCUUCGAGAACUGGUGGUGCGUGGCCUGUGGUUGGGGAGGAACGUCCAAUGGAAAUCUGGCCAAUUGGCUGCAGUGCAUGGACGUGCAGGUGAUUAGCAACAAUGAAUGUGCACGCUCUUACGGAAGUGUGGCCAGCACCGACAUGUGCACCCGCCAAACCGACGGCAAGUCCGUGUGCGGUGGAGACUCUGGUGGCCCUCUGGUCACACACGACAAUCCCAUGCAGAUUGGAGUAAUCACCUUUGCCUCCGUGGGCUGCAAGAGUGGACCCUCUGGCUAUACCCGAGUCACCGAUCACUUGGACUGGAUCCGGGAGAAGUCCGGUAUCGCCUAUUACUAAUUGGAUGAAACGACCUUGGCUAUAUGAAACCCAAUAUACAUAUAUCUAACCUGCACAUAUUUCUAAUGCACAUGUGUAAAUAUAUUUCUGAAAUGAGCUGCAAA